CUGGCGGGGUUGGGGCUGGGGUCGCCCGCGCCGGCCGCUGGAGAGUUGCGGUCCUGAGCGGCCGUCAAGGGGCCCGGAGCAAAGGGUAGGGCCGGGCCCUGGACGCUGACCGGCUUGAGCGGUGGCCAGGAGCAGAUGUUGAUCUCAGCAAGAGCGAACAGGUAGCCGGUACCACCAACCACAGACUGGCCAGCCUCUACCUCUAAUUCUCAAAACAGGUCCUUGAUUACUCGGCUCUUCUCCCGCGCAGGGAAGCUGAGGAUUUCAGUUUUUCUGACUAUUAAAUGAGAGGAUGAUUGCUAACAAACAGAAAAAGACAAAGAAAAAACGUGUUGGGGCAUCAGGCCAGCUCUCUACUGAUGUUACAACUUCUGAAAUGGGGCUCGAGUCUGUGAGACCCAAUUCCAUUUUUGACCCGGAUUACAUCAAGGAAUUGGUGAAUGAUAUCAGGAAGUUCACCCAAAUGUUAAUCUUUUUGAAAGAAGCUGUUCUUUCAGAUUGUUUUAAAGAAAUCGUUCCUAUACGUCUAGAGGAACUUCUCCAUGUUUUAAAGUCUGUAAUGAAUAAGCAUCAGAACCUCAAUUCUGUUGAUCUACAAAAUGCUGCAGAAGUACUUACUGCAAAAGUGAAAGCUGUGGACUUUACAGAAAUUAAUGAAGAAAACAAAAACGAUCUAUUCCGAGAAGUGUCUUCUUCCACUGAAAAUUUGGCAUUUACCUUUGGAAAUACCCUUACAAACCUUUUUAUGGGCGAUUUAAGCAAUGAUUCAUCAUUCCGACUGCCUGUUUCUCAGGAUAAGUCUUUUGAAAACAUUUCUGUGGACUCAGUGGACUCAUCCAAUGAAAAAGGAAAUUUUUCUCCUAUUGAACUAGACAAUUUGUUGUUAAAGAACGCUGACUCUGUAAAACUGGCUUUGUCAUAUGCUAAAACAUGGUCAGAAUAUACCAAGAACAUAGUGUCAUGGAUUGAAAAAAAGCUUAACUUGGAAUUGGAGUCCACUAGAAAUAAUGUGAAGUUGGCAGAGGCAACUAGAGCUAACAUUGGACUACAAGAGUUUAUGCCACUGCAGUCUCUAUUUACCAGUGCUCUUCUUAAUGACAUAGAGAGCAGUCAACUUAUACAACAAACAAUUGCAGCUCUGCAAGCCAACAAAUUUGUUCAGCCUCUACUUGGGAGAAAAAAUGAAAUGGAAAAACAAAGGAAAGAAAUAAAAGAACUUUGGAAACAAGAACAAAAUAAAAUGCUUGAAACAGAAACUGCUCUUAAAAAGGCAAAAUUGUUAUGCAUGCAACGUCAAGAUGAAUAUGAAAAGGCAAAAUCUUCCAUGUUUCGUGCAGAAGAGGAGCAUAUGUGUUCCAGUAGUGGAUUAGUAAAAAAUCUCAACAAGCAACUAGAAAAAAAACGAAGAUUAGAAGAGGAGGCUCUUCAGAAAGUGGAAGAAGCAAAUGAACUCUACAAAGUUUGUGUAACAAAUGUUGAAGAAAGGCGAAAUGAUCUAGAAAAUACCAAAAGAGAAAUUUUAACACAACUUCGUACACUUGUUUUCCAGUGUGAUCUUACCCUUAAAGCUGUAACAGUUAACGUCUUCCAGAUGCAGCAUCUACAGGUUGCCUCUCUUGCAAACAGUUUACAAUCUCUAUGUGAUAAUGCCAAACUGUAUGAUCCAGGACAGGCAUACAGUGAAUUUGUCAAAGCUACAAAUUCAACUGAAGAAAAAGUUGAUGGGAAUGUAAAUAAACAAUUAACAUCUGCAUACAGACCUGACUCUUUGGAGGAUGUUGUAUGCCUUUCUGACAGUUGUAAUAAAAUUGAAGAGGACAGAUGCUCUAACAGUGCAGACACAUCAGGUCCUUCUUUCAUAAGAUCAUGGACAUUUGGGGUGGUCAGUGAUUCUGAGAGUACUGGAGGAAGCAGCGAAUCUAGAUCUCUGGAUUCAGAAUCUAUAAGUCCAGGAGACUUUCAUCGAAAACUUCCACGAACUCCAUCCAGUGGAACUAUGUCUUCUGCGGAUGAUCUAGAUGAAAGAGAGCCACCUUCCCCUUCAGAAGCUGGACCCAGUUCUCUUGGAAUAUUUAAGAAAACAUUGAUGUCAAAGGCAGCUGUCACUCACAAGUUUCGCAAAUUAAGAUCACCCACAAAAUGCAGGGAUUGUGAAGGCAUUGUAGUAUUCCAAGGUGUUGAAUGUGAAGAGUGUUUCCUUGUUUGCCAUAAAAAGUGUUUGGAAAAUUUAAUGAUCAUUUGUGGUCAUCAGAAACUUCCAGGGAAAAUGCACAUAUUUGGAGCAGAAUUCAUACAAGUUGCAAAAAAGGAAGCAGAUGGCAUUCCUUUUAUACUCAAAAUAUGUGUCUCAGAGAUUGAAAAUAGAGCGUUGUCUUUACAGGGAAUUUAUCGUGUUUGUGGAAGCAAGUUAAAAAUUGAAAAACUGUGUCAAGCUUUGGAAAAUGGAAUGCACUUGGUAGACAUGUCAGAAUUUAGUUCACAUGACAUCUGUGACGUUUUAAAGUUAUACCUUCGACAACUCCCAGAACCAUUUAUUUUAUUCCGAUUGUAUAAGGAAUUUAUAGACCUUACAAAAGAGAUCCAACAUGUAAAUGAAGAACAAGAGAUAAAAAAAGAUAGUACUGAGGACAAAAAAUAUGCAAAUACGUGUAUAGAAAUAAACCGAAUUCUUCUAAAAAGCAAGGACCUCCUAAGACAAUUGCCAGCAUCAAAUUUUAACAGUCUUCGCUACCUCAUACUACAUCUUAAGCGGGUAGUAGAUCAUGCAGAAGAAAACAAGAUGAAUGCCAAAAACUUGGGAGUGAUAUUUGGACCAAGUCUAAUUAGGCCAAGGCCCACAACUGCUCCUGUAACUAUCUCCUCCCUUGCUGAAUAUUCAAAUCAGGCCCAAUUGAUAGAGUUCCUCAUUACUUACUCACAGAAGAUUUUGCAGCUACAAGAUGUUACAUGCAGUGCAGGUGUUGUUGCACCUCUGGUUGAUCAGUGCUCUCUUCUGAAACCUCUGUUAUCACCAGAAGAAAGAGAUUCAGAACACUGCAUGAAGUCACUAUUUUUUUCUUCAAAGGAAGAUAUCCAUAGUGAAAGCAACACUUUUCAACCAACUCGAUCACCUGAAGAAUCAGAACACAAGCAAAAUGCAUUGGGAAAAUGUGAUGUAUGUCUCAUUGACCCAGAGCUUGAAUCAGCAUCCCAAAAGAUGGAGGAUGUUUGUAAAACCUCUAAACUACUUACUGUGAAAUCUGAUAGGGUAACGAACAGUGUGUGGAGGCAUACUCCAAGGACCAAGAUUAGGCCGGUAAGUUUGCCUCUAGAUAGACUACUUCAAACAAGCCCUCCUACUGAGAGAAAUGGCAAAAAUAUGAGAAAUGUAAAUUCAAACAAGUUUUGCAAGAAUCCUACUGUUGAAGAAUUUAACAUAAAAGAUAUUCCCUCUACUAUUUGUUCCAAAUUUAAUGGCGUUGACCAGCAAAAUCUACAAAAAACUUGGGCCAAACAAUGUGAACCAAACAACUUAACUGCCAAGAGUACAAUAAUAGUGCCCAGUACUCUCCAGGAAAAAGGAGUGCCAGUCAGGAUCAGUGGAGACGAUUCUAGUAGUGCCACCCAGCUCAGUAAGCCUUAUACAGAGCCACUCAGGUCAGCAAGAGAGACGUCAGAGAGACGGUCCUCGGAUUCCUACCCUCUUGCUCCUGUCAGAGGACCCAGAACACUGCAGCCCCAGCACUGGACCACGUUUUAUAAGCCACACACCACAUUUUAUAAGCCACACACUCCCACCAGCAGCAUCAGAGGGAGUGAGGAGAAACAGGUUUCUCCCACAGCAGCAGUGCCUCCUGGCUCAGCUCAUACUGCCCAGGGGCAGGUGACAAAAUCACUUCCGGACUCAGCUGACACAUCAGCUUGUCCUGCACAGCUGAAUAGUGAGCCUAAAGGAAACUCUGAGGAACAUGACUUCCCUGAUCUGACUCCAAUGUGCCAGAGGCCAAAGCUAAAACGAAUGCAACAAUUUGAAGACCUUGAAGAUGAAAUCCCACAAUUUGUGUAGAGUUAUCAAAAUUCAGGGUUCCUUUUUUUGUUUUAUCUUGUGUUUGUCUAGUGAAAGACUAUUUUGACAGGGCCUCCUUUGUAUAGAAUUGUCACAG